AAAGGCAUUAAUAGAACACAACAAUAAAUAAAUUGAGUAGUACGUGACAUAUAUGUGGAUAGUGAGUAGUAACCAUUACCCCUAAUUGACAUAAAUGUCAAAAAAUUAAGGGUUGUUCGUGUUUAGUAAUUUAACAGUUUACUACUGUUAAAUAUGGUGUCAAUAAUUAAAAAUCAAUUGCUUAAACAUUUAUCCAGAUUUACCAAAAAUUUAUCUGCCGAUAAAAUAAACUUAAGUACAUUUAAAGGAGAAGGAGAAUUAUCAAAUUUAGAAUUAGAUGAAAAUGUCCUGACAGAAUUAUUAGAAUUACCUUCUUGGCUGCGACUUACACAUGCUUGGUGUAAUCGGGUUACGUUCCGUAUUCAAUGGACAAAGUUAAAAAAUGUUCCUAUACAAUUGAACUUAGAUGAAGUACUUAUUGAAAUUGAGACAUGUACAGAAUUAAGAUCAAUGUCACAGCAAGCUGGACUAUCUUCUUAUAUGAGUAAUCCAGGAAAAUAUGGUGUAAUUCAAAAAAUUAUUGAUGGAAUUACGGUAUCUGUUAAUACAGUUAGUGUGACAUUUAAAAGCCCUGCUUUUGUUGCAACAGUUCAGAUGUCUCGAAUUACAGUUGAAUCAGUUUCACCAUUAUUUGAACGUUGUGAAUUAAGAUUAACACGUUUAAAAGAUCCAUCGAAAGGGCAGCUGCUAAUAUUUAAAGAAUUAGUUUGGCAAACUGUUCGAAUUGAAGCUCAGUCAACUAAAGAUCCUAACUUAACACCUUUACGUUUAUUAACUAACCAAGCUAGAUGUAGAAUAGUUAUUAAAAAGAGAAUAUCAGACUGUUUUGUUAUGGGAUCUCGUUUAGUUUUAAUUUUAGACGACUUAUUAUGGGUACUAACAGACUCUCAAUUAAAAGCAGCAUUAUUAUUUUUGGAUUCACUUGCUGGUCUUGUACAAAAAGCAACUGAAGUUACAAGAAAAGCAAAAGCAGCAAGAAAACUCGAGGUUUUACCUGAGUAUCAAGCCCAAAUUUCGCAACAAGCUCGUGCCAGUGAACCAUCUUCUGCGAUAUCAAAAAUAUUUUCAAGGCACGAUGUUAUUGAAACGUCUUAUCAUUUUUUAUCACGUCGUAUUGAUUUACAUCUGUGUGAUGAUCCAGGAGAUGGGCGUUCAUGUCAUCCGAACUUAAAAGAUGGUGGAGCAUUACAAAUUAGUUUAGUACAUUUUCAAGUGGAUUUUUAUCCUUAUCAUUUGGCAGCAAGUGAUCGUAAAUAUUGGGUACAAUAUCGUGAGACAAAUUCACCACACACACAAUGGUCUCAACAAGCUCUAUCAGCAUUCAAAAAUAAAUUUAUGGAUCUAAUUGAUUCUGGUCGAACUCAACAUACUCCACUUUCUCGUCAACAACCACAUACUCAAGCCAGUUUUACCAGUAAUGGUGAUGUAAACAGUACUCAUGUGCAAGAUACCCAACAGAAAUCCCCAAGUAGUCAUUCCAGUGGUAAUCCAGUAAGAAAUCAUGUACUUAGUGAAUUGGCAAAAUUGAUGACAUCGUGUGUUGUGAUAAGAAUACAGGAUUUUACGCUGUAUAAAAUUACUACGACUAAAAAACAAACACCCAAGGAACUUAUUGCUGCGCAGCAUAAAAGGAAAUUCAAAGGACAUGCACCAGGUGAUCGAGAUCGGUAUUCUUUACCUGAUGAUAUGCCAAUCAUACACGCGGAGUUUACAUAUUAUUAUUACCCUGGCGAGACUCCAUUUCCACUGCCUCCUUCAAAAUUUUACGUUCAUAUGAAUCCAGUACAAGUUAAUUUUGAUGUUGAUAGUUGUUUAUGGGCCAAUUCAUUUGUAUUAAAUCUUCAUAAAUCGAUAUUAUCUUCCAAGUCAGAAGCAACAAACGCUAGUCUGCCAUAUUUAGAUGUUAAAAUUGAAGCCAUUAUGCCAAGGAUAAUAUUUGAAUGUAGUACGGAACAUAGUAAUCAAAGAGAUAGACCAAAAUCACUUCAAUUUCUGGUAUCUAGAGCAUUAAUAACAAAUGUACGUUCCAGUGAUCAUGCGUCAAGAGCAGAUCUUGCAAAAUGCAUCGAUACUUAUCAUUUAGGUUCAUUAUUCUUUGGAACAGAAUUUCCAUCAGUUGAGGGUGAUCGUUAUGUUGUAACAGAUAAAUUUUUGCGACAUAUCGAAGCAACUGACAACGUUCGCAAUGUUCCAACUAAUUUAAAUUGUAAUUCAUCAUAUGAAUUUGUUAAAAAUUUAACCAAAGAAAUGUUUUGGACUGAGGCUAAAGAUGUAUGGAGCGUUAAUUUGGAACCUAUUUUUGGUGAUUUUCUUGGUACACGAGCUGUGGGAUCGAAUAAACCAAUUCCAUUCUUGGAUGCCGUUCCAGUUAUGAUUUGGGCACAUAUUCGUCCGGAUAUUGGUCGACCAAGAAGGGAUGAAGAUACAUCUGCAGAUAUUCAUUGUUUAGCUCAUGUAUCGAAUUUAGUUAGUUUACAAAUUAAUCAUUAUCAAGUUUUAUUUUUACUACGAUUAGCAGAAGAAUUAUCAGAGUUGACCACGUUUUUAGGAUUAGAUACAAAUCGAAUUCAACAAGCUUCAAAAAGUAGUUCUAUUGUGUUAGGAGUGGUUUUACCACAAGUGGAGGUUAGUGUAAUAAUGCCAUCUAAUACACCUGGUAAAGAAUCAUCUGGUGGUGAUUUGGAGUCAGUUGUUCCUGAUUCAUCCAGUAUUGGAGAUGAAUUAUUAACAGGUUGUACUCAAUGGCAAUCAGCAAAUCCCCUAGACAACGCAACGUCUACUAAAAGAGCCUCUUUAUGCAGUGGAGCUGGCGGUGGUGCCUUAGGCACACCAAUCAGUGAAAUAUCGUCUUCCUUUUCAAUGGACUUUCCAGCCAAUGAUAAUAUUACUACACAGGCUGGUAAUAACAAUACAAAAUCAUCCAAUGGAACAAUAUUGAGUAAAUCGGUGCCUUCAACACAACCUUUCCCAAACAUAAACAUAUCAAAAGAUUUAAAUGCAGGUUUGUCAUCAAUGAAAAAAGGAUUUAGUAGUUUGAUGACAUCCAUUGAUUCAGCAUUUAAACCAGGUGCUGACGAUGCAAGUGAUACAAUGUCCGUACGUAGUGAUAUUAGUUCAGAUAGUGAAAAUUAUGUUGUUGUUAAUCAUAUGGCCGAAGAAUGUAGUGAUGCUAUUUUUCGAGUUCAUAACGAUAAUCCACAAAUUAAAGCUACAGCUGUUGAAGUUGCUUGUGAAGUUGAAGAAGAUAAUUCCGUCACUACACCCAGUGAACAUUCCUUGGCGAGUUCUUAUAAAAGAAAAGAUAUAGUUUCAAUGGCUACAUUUAAAUUAGGGAAAGUGGAAUUCAUUCAUGAAUCGGAAGGUUUUAAUUCAUCUGUUAAAUUACAAGUAUCAAAUGUGAAAUGUGAAGAAUGUAACUCCAUACCAUGGGAUGAAUUUCAAAGUAAAUUUGGAUCACGUUCCCGAGCCUGGAUUGAAACGCCAAUAGAUAGCAGUUGUUCACCGUGUAUUAAAUUACGUUUUGAUCAUGAAUUAAGACCAGAUCAAAUGGAACAUUUAGAUAUUAAGGAAAAAAUGUCGUUUACGAAAUUAUUCAAAGAUUUUAUUCAAGUUCAUGUUAGUAACAUCGAUUUGGAGUUGUCGAUGAGCACAAUAAAUGGUUUGGUGGAUUUAUUAGAAGACGAAGUAAUUAGAGAACCUGUUCCAGUAAAGAUUGAUUUACAAUGCUUAAGUAUAAAUUUAAAUGAAGAUCGCCCACCUAAUAAUAUUACAUCACCUGGACCAGUUCCUAUUAAUGUGAAAAUUCAAGAAUUGCAUUUAUCAAGAGAUUCAGAUGGUGUCAUUGUGAUAGAACCAUCAAAGCCUUUAACAGAUCCCGCAGCAACAACGCCCAAUAGAAUGGAUAAUAACGAUAUUGAAAAUUUAUACAGAGCGUUUGAAGAAAUGAAACAAACAGCAUCACAAUUAAGAAAUGAUAAUAACGAACUUAGAAGACAAUUAACAGCUUUUGAACGUGUAUCCGAAGAAAAUCGUAAAUUACGUCGAUCACAAGAAGAAACUGAUGCAUUACGAUCAUGUUUGUUAGCAACACAAGAUGAUUUAGCAAAAUUGUUAGAUGAAAAAAAAUCAUUAUUAGAUAGAAUACGUGAUUUAACACAUGAAUUGAGCUAUGUGGAAUUACAUUCUGAAAAGUUAAACAACAAAAGAUAGCAGUGUUGCUUUGACUGUACAAACUGCUGUACGGGGAAGAAGCAUAGUAAUUAACUUUUAUUAUUUUAAAUCAAUAUCAAAAGCAAACUUUAAAAAUGGAAUUAUAAUUAUUUUAAUUUUAAAAAUAAAAAAAUUUUAUUUGUUAUUUAUUUUAAAAAAUGUCCACGAAUCUCGUUAUCAAUAAAUAUAAUUUAAAGAAAUCAACUUCGUCAAUUUAGGUUCACGCGCAACAUUAGAAUUUUACUUUUAAAGAUAUUUUGAAGCGAAACUUUUUUAGCAAUGAAAAUCUGUGGAUGUUAUUACGUGAAUAAUUGUGCUAAAUAUUUGUUGAUAGUUUUAAAAUUUAUUCACCAUCGAAUAAGGUAAAUCAAAGUCUGAUUUGAAAUAAGAAAAAAUUCCGGUAAUGCCGGAAACCAAGCGAAUUUCCUAUUAAGAAAAUUUAAUUAUUCAGUGUGAUCAGAUUCUUAGAAAUAUUUGUUCAAAAGUCUAUUGAACUUCGUAUGUACACACUCGUAUAUAUGUACAAAGUGGGCCAAAUUCGAUGUUUUAAUAGGGUGUUUCCAUAACUAUACGAGAAAGAAGAAAAUUGAUAGUAUUCUCUCGAUCCCUUUUUUGAGACAAAUUCAUUGGCGUUAAUAAAAACUCGAUUUUUUUUUUUUUGAAUUAUUAGCAAAAGUUCGAUUUUUUUACUUUUAAACUUAUGUGAGUAACGUCGUUGUUAGAAAAGUUAAGAGAAUAUAACUUUGACAUCCUAAAGGCACUUUUUUCUGUAGUGCUCCAGUUAUAUCAUUAAUUUAAAUAAAACGUUCGGUUUUAGAGUUAUGACCCAAAUUGGUGAUUUUUAAAAAGCAAGCAUAGUUGGCUAUGGCUUUGUUAAAACAUAUUUUAUUUACUCUUUUAAACCUUGUAUUACUUGCUGCGUCACCAUGUAUUACUUGCUGGGCUUUUGGCCCAUAAGCCCGAAAUAGCUAAAGAUAAAAAAUAAUCAACCAAAUAUUCAAUUCAAUUUGAAUAGUUGAAUUAAUUUGUUUUUUAUCUGGGACCUGAUUUCUGCUCACGAUUUAAAAUUGAGGGGUUUCAAUCGCCAUUCCAAUAAUAGAAAUAUAUUUCUGGAUAGCGAUUGAAAUAUAUUUCCAAUG